CGGCUCCCCUUUACUUUUUCAUGCAUCCAUUUUUUUAAUCCGCUGGUAUCUGUCAUGUUUGCCUGCCCCUGUCGCCUGCUUAUUUAAACUCGCUGCUGCCCUUUAAUGUUAACCACCUAAACUCGCAAGCUAUUUCCACUGGCGACACCUUUUCACGCACCAAAGCCUAAACCACCUGAUAUCACCAAGCCCAGCUUCUCACCGACAGCACCCUCGUCCAGCCCAGUCACCCAAAGUCGAUAUCAUGCCGGCAAUUGGAACCACUGCCGUCGGCCUUAUGGCCGGCCUGCACGGCUACAUCAUGGUCCUGGAAAUGUUUCUGUGGACAACACCGCGAGGAAGAAAAGCGUUCAGGCUCACCCAAGAGUUCGCCGAGAAGACCAAAGUGCUGGCGGCCAACCAGGGGCUCUACAACGGCUUUCUGAUGGCGGGCCUCGUGUGGGGUCUCGCGCAUCCCGCGCCAGACGUGGCCAAGCAGAUCAAGCUUUUCUUCCUGAGCUGCAUCACCGUCGCCGGCGUCUACGGCGGCCUAACGGCCAACAAAAAAAUCAUUUUCAUCCAAGGCAUCCCCGGCGCAAUUUCCCUCGGCGCCGUGCUGCUUGGUCUCUGAGACUUCGGCUUGUUUGACUUUCCGCCACAGCCCGGAGAUCUCCGCGCGCCCACCCGAAAAAAAAAAAUUGGACCCGGUCCACUCUCGAUCUAGCGUUCCUCGGACCGCGGCUCGCGACAUCGACAGGAUCUCCCCCCUGCCAUCUUCGCUUCGGUCCGGGAUAAAGUUUUCUAUCGCCCCCGCUAGUCUUUCGUCAUUUGGGACUCUGUACCAUUUACUUGUAUCACCAUUUGUUUGUGUCGAAGUACUUCACAGCCUGAUGGACUAGCUAUGCGAUAAUCUCACCACGCUCGACGAGCUGGUUGCCUUGCUUCAUUUCGUCCCAUUGGAACGCGUGAACGGAUAUGACCCUGCGUGUAUCUACCGACGCGCACAUCAAGAGUUAUGGCACGG